AAUUCAGCCGCAGGUUGUGGCUAGCCUUUCGGGAGUUGCAGUCGCGACAGGCAGUGGAGAAGGCGGUCCGGACGGAGGCGCUCGCAGGACUUCAUUAUGGCGGCGGCGGUGCGAGCCGCAGGCUGUCUCCCUACGUUGUGUGGCUUGCAGGCGGGUCACAUAUGGUCCAGACAGCUUUACCGAAAUACCUUUCCAGCAGCUUCCAUUUUGGCAGUGAAGACUGCUCUCAGCAAUGGCCCUCUGUCGUCUCCAGGAACCAGAGACAUUCAUCAUUUCAUUGGCUUGAGCCAUGCCCUACAGACACAGUGCUGUAUUUCUUCUCCCAGUAAUUUGAUGGGCCAACAGUAUAGAGCCUAUAGUUUCUUCACUAAACUGACAGCAGAUGAGCUUUGGAAAGGCGCUUUAGCAGAGACUGGAGCAGGAGCAAGAAAAGGAAGAGGCAAAAGAACUAAGAAAAAGAGAAGAAAGGAUUUGAACAGGGGUCAGGUCAUUGGUGAAGGGCGUCGUGGCUUCUUAUGGCCUGGUCUGAAUGCCCCUCUUAUGAGAGAGGGAGCUGUGCAGACCAUUGCCCAAAGAAGCAAGGAAGAGCAGGAGAAGGUAGAGGCUGAUCUGGUCCAGCAGAGGGAGGAAUGGGACCGGAAGAGGAAGAUGAAGGUUAAACGCGAGCGAGGAUGGAGCGGAAACACCUGGGGAGGCGUCAGUCUUGGCCCUCCUGACCCUGGUCCCAAUGGAGAAACAUACGAUGAUUUUGAUACCAGGAUUCUUGAGGUAAGAAAUGUUUUCAAUAUGACAGCAAAAGAGGGAAGAAAAAAAUCAGUCCGUGUCCUGGUCGCGGUGGGGAACGGCCGAGGAGUUGCAGGUUUUGCUGUUGGGAAGGCUACUCAGCGGGUGGAUGCUUUCAGAAAAGCGAAGAACAGGGCAGUUCACUAUCUGCAUUAUAUAGAACGAUAUGAAGACCACACAAUAUUCCAUGAUAUUUCUUUAAGAUUUAAGAGGACGCAUAUCAAGAUGAAGAAACAACCUAGAGGCUAUGGGCUCCGCUGCCAUCGGGCCAUCAUCACCAUCUGCCGACUCAUUGGCAUCAAAGACAUGUAUGCCAAGGUCUCUGGGUCUGUCAACAUGCUCAACCUCACACGGGGCCUCUUCCAUGGGCUCUCCCGCCAGGAAACCCAUCAACAGCUGGCCGAUAAGAAGAGUCUCCACGUUGUAGAAUUCCGGGAGGAGUGUGGCCCUCUGCCCAUCGUGGUGGCCUCCCCACAGGGAGCCCUGAGAAAGGAUCCUGAGCCGGAAGAUGAGGUUCCAGACAUCAAACUGGACUGGCAAGAAGUACGGGCCACACAGGGAAUGAAGCGCUCAGUGUGGUCGAAUUUAAAGAGAGCCGCUACCUGAGCUUCCUUCCCUCUGGCCUCGCACAGCUGCAGCAGCUGGUACUGUCCAGCAUCUAGAGGAGGCUCAGCCACUCACAUUUUGGAAUGUCACUGUCCUUUUAAAGGACAGGCCCACCUUCUUUAUUGACAAAUAAUAAAUAAUUAUAGCUUUAA